AUGGCGACCGAGCGUGAGUUGCAAGUUGCCUGUCUGUGGGGUCUCCAUGACCGUGGGGUGCUGGUCGUCAAAGGCUCCUUUGACGAUUCAAUUGAAGCCGCCGUGGUAGCCUGCAUCAAAGCCUAUGUAGAGAAGCACAUGCACCAUAACCUACUUGAUGUCAGUUUCUCUCCUGAUACCAACAUCUCCCCAGGCCAUUGA